UGCUCGUCGUAAAACAGCACGUGACCGUUUUUUUGCAUUGAAAUGCACGUUUAAUGCAUCUGUUAACAGGAAGGCAAUCCUGGUUUAUCUACGACGAGUGGGCGUUUAAUGGUGGUAUCACGCGAUCUUAUUGGUGGAUUGCAACAUUGCACAUAUGCGCUCGAAAUGCACGACACACUAUUUCCUUUUUGCCAUCUAACGGUGCAUUUAUAAUAAACACGUAAACGCACUAAAUGGCAAUAAAAUGGGCAAGGCAGACGGUUGGAUCAAGGUGUAGCUGUCUCCAUGGCGACCAGCGUGGUUCCCGGGGACAACCUGCCCACCUAUAAACUGGUGGUGGUCGGUGACGGAGGUGUCGGGAAAAGCGCUCUCACCAUUCAGUUCUUUCAGAAGAUCUUCGUUCCAGAUUACGAUCCCACCAUUGAGGACUCGUACCUCAAACACACAGAGAUCGAUGGAGAGUGGGCUAUUCUGGACGUUUUAGACACUGCGGGACAGGAAGAGUUCAGUGCUAUGAGAGAGCAGUACAUGAGGACAGGAGACGGGUUUCUCAUCGUCUUCUCAGUGACCGAUAAAGCCAGUUUUGAACACGUCGACCGUUUCCACCAGCUUAUUCUUAGAGUGAAAGACAGGGAAUCUUUUCCAAUGGUCCUGGUAGCGAAUAAAGUCGACCUGGUGCAUCUGCGCAAGAUAACCAGCGAACAGGGUCGAGAAAUGGCCUCCAAACACAUUAUCACGUAUAUCGAAACGAGUGCAAAGGAUCCGCCCAUGAAUGUAGACAAAGCGUUUCACGAGCUUGUAAGAGUGAUACGUCAGCAGAUUCCAGAGCGAGGUCUGAAGAAAAAGAGAAAGGCCAAAUGGCGGGCGGACAGACCCUCGGGUUCCCAGAGGCUGCACUGUGUUGUACUGUGACCGCACCUCUCUAUCUCUGGGCGUCAGUGCCGCGAUGAUGAUCCCGUGACUCGGACUGUUAAAACACACACACACAUUCACACAACACACACAGUUGAUGAUAUCCAAGAAGUAGGGAACAUAAUUUGAAGAUUCCCAUUUGUCCGACGAUUCCAGGCAUUUGGUUGCAUUUUCGUAGCGGGCGACAGGUUUCUAGCGCUGUUCACUCACGUAACCUCUCAGAGAACAAUUUAAAAACAUCCUUUCUGAGGCCUUGUUUUCUAUUGUGUUUGUAUAUUUAUUGUGCUGAAUUCUAUAUUGUUAUGUGUUUGUUAAGACAGCACUAAGUCCUGUUCUGGGAAUAGUCGUUCUUACUGAUCAGAAAUCAAGUUGCAAAUUCAGAUAAUGUCGCAAGGGAAGGAUCGCCCACCAGGAGGGGAAACAAAUAUUUGUUAUUUUAGUUACCCAUUUUAUCUCAAUAUUAGAUGCAUUUCAGAUACGGUGAAUUAAAUGGGAAAACACAUUUUUAUUCAAAUUAUCGAUUUUAUUUACAUUUACAUUUAGGCAUUUGGCAGACGCUUUUAUCCAAAGCGACUUACAUUGCUUUAUCCUAUACAUUUUACAUAGCUAUUUGCGAUCCCCUGUGGGAUCGAACCCACAACCUUGCAAUGCUCUUACCACUGAGCUACAGGAAAGCUAUUUGAUUUAUUUGAUAUGAUUUCCCAGCUUUAAUGAUGCGGUUUAAUUAUUAAACCAGAAUGUGUCCCACCCCUGACACACCCACACUAAACAACACCCCCUGUAUGUGACACAUUGCCAAACAUAUCUACAAAACUCAAAGAAUGCUGUUCCUGGAUCGGCUUUCUCGACAAUAUAAUGUUAUCAAUCAGGAUAUAAAUACAUCAGCGGAUUGUAGAUCAGUUUUGUACAGUAAAUGCCUGAUCUUUCAUAAGUUGCCAUAAAACUGAGUAAAUCAGUGAUUGCACAAAAACGUCAGUGUUACAUAAAUGCAAUGUAACAUUACACAUCGUUACGUCAUGAGAACAUUAUGACCUCGUGAUGAUGUCAUAACGUUCCAGAAGAGUUUCCUUUUCAUUACAGUCGUUUAUCGCUUGAACGCAUUGUCACUUUACUUUGAGCGUGUUUUGAAGUUCUCAUCGAUGUUUUGAAUGUAACGUCUGUCGUUCUAUACGCCUAUUUCUCUGUUUUGCUUUGAGAUUUCAAAAGUCCAGCUUUAGUGUUUAGCUUAAAAGAACAUUGUCCAAGUAGCCCGUGGUUUGUUUCGUGAUCGUAUACUGCUCUUGUUUUGGCUACUUGUUAUUUUUAUCUUACGAAAGCAAAUCUUUUUGUUUUUAGACUGGAAAUGAGAUGUCCUGACAUUUUCAACUUGGUGCAAAUUUCGUGGCUCAGUUAUUUGCUACUGUUGUUUUGUUUCCUUUUUUUUUUUUUUAAGUAAUUUAAUAUACAGAUUCUAUGUAUUAUGUGAUCAUGUUUGUAUGAAGAUCGUUAUGACCAAUAGAGGCCAAAACAGCUCUUAAAAGAAGGGAAUUUUUACAUCAGGAAAAUUGUAGGAAUUUGUAAAGUGGAAUGUAAACAUAUUAUAAUAAAUAAUGAAUCAAUUCAGAAA